UGCAAGCACUCUUGUUGUUUCUUAGAUCAGUAUGCCCCGAAAGUAGAAUUUCUGGUUCCGCGACUGCAUCCUCGUACUGGUCGCUAUGAUAUAUAAAUAAAACAGAUCUCUCUACGGUUCUACCGUCGGGUCAGUUAUUUCCUGCCCCUCCAAUCCCCCGCCAAUAUCAUCUCUCUGUCUCUCAUUUCCCCAUUUUUUAGGGUUAGGGCUUUCCUCUCUCCCUCUUCUACCGUGGUUCGAGCCAUGCCGGUGAAUCUGACGCCCAACGCUAUCGCCUCCAUAGAAUCUGGUGAUGUCAACGCCAAGCCACUGGUGCAGGUCCUGGAUAUCAAGCUUAUUGGGAGCACGCAGGAGCGGUACCGUUUGCUGCUCUCCGACUCCGUUUCGACUCAGCACGCCAUGCUGGCCACCCAGCUCAACGACCGAGUCAAGUCAGGCCGUGUCACGAAGGGCUCCGUCGUCCAGUUGAUCGAUUACAUUUGCAGCCCCGUCCAGAACCGGAAAAUAAUUGUUGUGCUGAACAUGGAAACUAUUAUACCAGACUGUGAGAUAAUUGGGAAUCCAAAAUCACUGACUGAAUCUGGUUCAGCAGCUGAAAAACCAUUGCCAAAUAAGAAUUUAGAGCACCCCACAAGGGUUGGUGGUAACCAUUUCGGUGCCCAGAAUCCUGGUAAAAAUGUGCGAAGUUUCCCACCAACAGUUCAACCUCCAUACCAGCCACCUCCAAAUUACAGAAAUCAUGGUCCAAUUCUGAAGAAUGAUGCACCAGCACGUAUAAUUCCUAUUGCUGCUUUGAAUCCUUACCAGGGUCGCUGGGCUAUCAAGGCAAGAGUUACUGCAAAAGGGGACAUCCGUCGUUACAACAAUGCCCGGGGAGAUGGGAAGGUGUUCUCUUUUGACCUCCUUGACUCUGAUGGUGGAGAAAUUCGUGCGACUUGCUUUAAUGCCGUAGUUGACCGCUUCUAUGAUGCAAUUGAGGUCGGUAAAGUCUAUUUGAUCUCAAAGGGUAGCUUAAAACCUGCACAGAAGAACUACAACCAUUUGAAAAAUGAGUGGGAGAUAUUUCUGGAGACAAGUUCGACUGUGGAGCUUUGCCCAGAGGAAGAUGAUUCUAUACCAAAGCAGCAAUUUUCCUUCAGGCCUAUCAGUGAAAUUGAGAGUGCUGACAACAACUCCAUACUUGACAUUAUUGGUGUUGUGAUAUCUGUGAAUCCGUCAGUGCCCAUUCUGAGAAAGAAUGGAAUGGAGACUCAGAGAAGAAUUUUGAAUUUGAAGGAUGGAUCUGGCAGGAGUGUUGAGCUUACCCUUUGGGGAGAAUUUUGCAACAGGGAAGGUCAAAAGCUGGAAGAGAUGAUCAAUUCUGGGGGUUUUCCAGUAUUAGUUGUCAAAUCUGGGAAGGUUAAUGACUUCAGUGGGAAAUCGAUAGGGACAAUUUCUGCUACACAGCUCUUCAUAAACCCAGAUUUGCCUGAGGCUUCUGGCCUGAGAAAUUGGUUUGAUCGAGAGGGGAAAAAUGCUGCUUCUGUGUCUAUUUCUAGAGAAAUUAUGGCAGGAGGAUCUAAGAAUGAGAUACGUAAAACAGUGUCACAGAUCAAGGACGAGGGUCUUGGAAGAUCAGAUAAGCCUGAUUGGAUCACGGUGAAGGCAACCAUAUCUUUCAUUAAAACGGAUACUUUCUGUUACAUGGCCUGCCCGUUGAUGAUUGGAGAUAGACAGUGUAAUAAGAAAGUUACAAAGUCAGGAAACACAAGAUGGCUAUGUGACAGGUGCAAUCAGGAGUUUGAGGAGUGUGAUUAUAGAUACCUUCUUCAAGCGCAAAUUCAAGACCAUUCGGGAUUGACUUGGGUGACAGCUUUCCAGGAAACUGGGGAAGAGAUCUUAGGUUGCUCGGCGAAGGAGUUGUACUUGUUGAAGUAUGAAGAGCAAGAUGACGAAAAGUUUGGAGGAAUUAUACGAAGCAGACUCUUCAGCCAGUAUCUUUUCCGGCUUAAAAUCAAAGAGGAACUAUAUGGUGAUGAACAAAGGGUGAAGAUUACUGUAGUUAAGGCGGAUAGUGUGAGCUAUUCUUCAGAGAGCAGAUACACACUUGAUCUGAUUUCAAAGUUUACUAAAUAGUGAAUUGUUCCAAACCAAAGUAAUUGCUUCAAGAUGCAGAGGUUUUCUUUCUGCCAAGAUGAUUGAUUACUUAGUGGACAAGCUAACACUGGAACUUAGCUUUUCUAUAAAUAAAUAUCAGCAGAUACGAAUUUGUAUAUGCCCUCUAAAGUAUAAACCCAGGAUGGGAACUGGUACUUCUACAUACUCCAGAAUUGAGUUUCAUUCCUUUUCCACUUUACUUAUUAUAAUGAUUUAGCUGUCUAUACGUUGUGUUGGUCUUUUAAACCUACACUGGGAAUUGAUGUUGAAUUCAAAAAAAAAACUAUAUGAAGUUUUCCAAUUUAUA